UGGCCGGAAGAAGAGAACGGAAAAACGGAAAAGUAAUUACUCGUUGUGUGAUUUAUGGUUAUGUGUCAUUGGAAAGAGAAAUUUAUUUGGACGUUUAAAGUAUCCUUCGUUUUAACUACUUCCUGCUCCGUCCCUUAAACAUCUUCCUUUAUUUCUAUUUUCGUCGGUCCCCAAAACAUAUUUUUAAUCUAUUUUUUAAAACAAUUCCUCUAACUAUUAUCCUUACCAUAUUCACUUUUUUAUGUGAUCCUUUUGCACUCAUCAAAUACACAACUAACUUUUAUUAAAUCCCAUGUUGUCUCCCCUUAGGAAGAUGAGUUGGAGUAAUAUAUAAGGCAUCUGACAAGCAUGGGAGUUUCUGACUUUUGUUAAGCCAUACAGCCUUAGGUGUUUUCACAGAACUUAUACAGCAGAUGCAAGUGAAAGGUGUUCAGGUUGAGGAGUUGUAUUCUUUGGAUCUUGAUUCACUAGACAAUCUAAGGCCAGUUUAUGGGCUAAUAUUCCUCUUUAAAUGGCGUCCGGGAGAAAAGGAUGACCGCCUUGUAAUAAAGGAUCCAAACCCAAACUUGUUUUUUGCCAGCCAGGUAAUAAAUAAUGCCUGUGCAACCCAAGCAAUCCUAUCGAUUCUGAUGAACAGUCCUGAUGUUGAUAUUGGGCCAGAGUUGUCAGCGCUGAAGGAAUUCACAAAAAACUUCCCGCCCGAGCUUAAAGGGUUGGCUAUCAAUAACAGCGAAGCAAUCCGCACAGCGCACAACAGUUUCGCAAGACCUGAGCCCUUUGUACCUGAAGAACAGAGAGCAUCUGGGAAAGACGAUGAUGUAUAUCACUUCAUAAGCUAUAUACCGGUUGAUGGGGUACUUUAUGAGCUUGAUGGCCUGAAAGAGGGACCUAUAAGCCUGGGGCCGUGCCCUGUUGGAGGACAAGGCGAUAUCGAAUGGCUACGCUUGGUACAACCUGUGAUUCAGGAGCGCAUCGAGAGAUAUUCCCAAAAUGAAAUAAGAUUCAAUCUGAUGGCCAUAAUAAAGAACAGGAAAGAAAUUUAUACAGCUGAGCUCAAAGAACUCCAAAGGAAGAGGGAACGGAUCCUCCAACAACUUGGCGCGUUGCAGUCAGAGAGAAUGGUGGACGGAAGUACUGUGGAAGCGCUUAACAUGUCGCUUUCAGAGAUAAAUGCUGGGAUUGAAGCUGCGACUGAGAAGAUUGUGAUGGAGGAGGAGAAGUUCAAGAAAUGGAGAACCGAAAACAUUCGUCGAAAGCACAACUACAUACCCUUUCUCUUCAACUUCUUGAAGAUUCUUGCUGAAAAGAAGCAGUUGAGACCUCUCAUAGAAAAGGCCAAACAGAAAUCCUCUAAAUCUUGAGGGAGGGGGGUGUGUCCUUAUCAACUUUGGAAAAAGCUGUUAAUUUUAUCAUCUUAAGAUAACUGUUUAAGAUUCUGCCUAUUUUUAUUUGGCAUGCAUGACAUUUCUUUUUGUGGUUAUGUACUAGAAGAAUUUUAUGAAUGUUAUUUAUAGUUUUCUAAA